AUGGAGAAAGCCAAGGAGGUGUUAGGAGAGGGCCUGUUCGGAGUAGACCGCCAAUGCGGAUGGGUUGGUGAUGGUGGAUUCCUGAUGCACGACGUCCUAGAGAACAGAACAAUGGUGCGAUGCGUCAUAUCCGCUAUCGAGCAUUCACCGACGCAUGAUCGAAAAGGUCCCCUGAACAGGGAGAUACUAAUACAGACAUUCCGCAACUGGCUUGACGGCGCCAUUGCCAAGGGCAUGAUUGAACUUGCACUCGAACAAGAUGAUCUAUAUAGAUACUCCCAGUGGGAGCACAAAGAGACACCUCGCUACUGGAAGGGCACGGUAUGUUUAAUGGGCGAUGCGACUCACGCUAUGACUCCGUGGCAAGGUUUCGGCGUUGCGAUGGCGUUUGAAGAUGCCAUGAUCAUGCAGGAAAUCUUUGGCGAUGUACACUUACCGGCGCAGAUUGAGGCGGCCGCGAUGCCAGAGGAUCAUCGGCUCUAGUCGGGAGACCGGGAUGAUUCUAUGUAGGCAAAUCGAAGAUGCUAGCCUGCACCCGGAGAAAUUAGGGCUGGUACUAUCUACAAAGCGGAAUUUCAUCGCAGGAUAAGAACGACGCAGUGAUUAAGCUACCUAUACAGGCGUAUGUAGAAGCUUUAGAAGCGUAACAUUGAGGCACUCUUGCUUCAAGAUGGAAUUAAACCCUGUAAGUAUACGAAGCAAACGCGCGUUGGAAUGUUCAUCCAGACUUUAU